CUUUUCCUUCCCGUUUCAGUGGUCUGCUGCUGCUCCUCCGGUACUGUGUCCUCUCUUGCUCUAGUGCCCAUUGGAUCUUUUGCUAGACCUGCUCAGCACAUUAAACCGGCAGAAAAUUACCUGCUGUCCUCCCUGCUGGGUUAAAGAGCUUAAACUGAGUUACGCAGAAGUUCACUGAGCUCCAGAAUUUGUAGAAAUGCUUGUGUGAUGGCAAGGGAGAGGAAGGAGGAGGUUCUUCCUCUCCCAGAAGGGAUUUCUUUUUUUUUUUACUGUGUCUGUGAAAGUCUGGCGAACACUGGAGUCGCUGCUGUGAGUUGGGGGGGGAUCAUGCAGCCUUUGGGCUGCUUUGCUCGGCCAGUUAUUCAGCAUCACCCUGGGAGGCACCCAGUGGAGGAAGAGGCGGUGGUGGUGGUGGGAGAUGAGAAAGGGUCAGGAGCUUCUGAAACACCUCUGUCUGUGCAUUCCCUCUCUGCCACCCAUCUGUACUGGUAUGCUGUUGCUUCUGUGCCUGCAUUGUACUUGGAUUAGUAUCCAAAUUGACACACAAAAGUGAUGUGGCUGCAAAAGAACUGGCACAAGAGAUAGUGGGAGUGCACGGACUGAGCUGUUGGUGGGGGACUGAAGCCUGGGUUUGGGUCAGGUUUGGAUCCGUGUGUGUUCUCAUGAGCCUGCAUCCUGGGGCUGCAGUUCUGCAGCAGUUUGAACUGACCUGAGUCAGUUUUGACACGGUCUUACAGCCUCCCACGUGCCACUGUUAAUCCAUGUCCAAUUCUGCACUGAGCUUAUUCUGAGAAUUAACUAUCUGAAAAGAAACACUCAAACCCCCCCCCCUUUUUUUUUGCUUUUUGUGCUGAUGGUUUAAUUUACUGAACCAGUUCAUUCCAGGGGCAAAGAAAGUCAAAAAUGGGUGUGAAAUCAGGUGGCUAAAAUAAGCAGCUGCAGGGGUGGGACUGAAGUAGCGCUUUCCUAGGUUUGUUCCUUAACAGCUUUUACCCUGUUGAGGAAUUGCAGCCUCAACUCCAGAAUCUUGAAGUCCUGUGGGACCACCUGACCUUUCUUUAAGAUACAGCUUUGACUGCAGAGAUUAUGGGAAGUAGGAAUUGGAACUGAAAUUAUUCAUCCACUUCUCCAAGCCUUUUGAAAAGUGACUAAAUGCAACUGAGUCAGAUUGUCUGGGGGAAUGAAGUGGCUGGGAGAAUCCAAGAACAUGGUGGUGAAUGGCAGGAGAAGUGGAAGCAAGUCGUCUAAUGACCAUGCGCAGAAUCAGACCAAAUUGCAGCAUGUGGGAAAGGAGAAUCCGAAGAUGGGCAAAAAUGGAGUUGAGAGAAGAUCAAGCAGAUGUAGCGGUGCUUCAGGAUUUGAGGGUCAAAGUCGUUAUGUGCCUUCCUCUGGAAUGUCUGCCAAGGAACUGUGUGAAAAUGAUGACCUAGCAACUAGUUUGGUUCUUGAUCCCUAUUUAGGUUUUCAGACACACAAAAUGAAUACUAGAUUUCGACCUAUUAAAGGAAGGCAAGAAGAACUAAAAGAGGUGAUUGAACGUUUCAAGAAAGAUGAGCACUUAGAAAAAGCCUUCAAGUCCUUGACGUCAGGUGACUGGGCCCGGCACUAUUUUCUUAACAAGAACAAAAUGCAGGAAAGGUUGUUCAAGGAACAUGUAUUUAUUUAUUUACGAAUGUUUGCAACUGACAGUGGGUUUGAGAUACUGCCUUGCAAUCGGUAUUCUUCUGAGCAAAAUGGAGCCAAAAUUGUUGCAACAAAAGAAUGGAAACGAAAUGAUAAAAUAGAAUUACUUGUGGGCUGUAUUGCUGAGCUAUCAGAAAUGGAAGAAAACAUGCUGCUGAGACAUGGGGAAAAUGAUUUCAGUGUCAUGUAUUCCACACGGAAAAACUGUGCACAGCUGUGGCUUGGUCCUGCUGCGUUUAUCAAUCAUGAUUGCAGACCUAACUGUAAGUUUGUGUCAACGGGCAGAGAUACAGCAUGUGUGAAAGCUCUAAGAGAUAUUGAACCUGGAGAAGAAAUCUCUUGUUAUUAUGGAGAUGGUUUUUUUGGAGAAAAUAACGAAUACUGCGAAUGUUACACCUGUGAAAGACGUGGAACUGGUGCUUUUAAAUCAAGAGUGGGAUUGCCAGCACCUACUCCUGUGAUUAAUAGUAAAUAUGGACUGAGAGAAACAGAUAAACGAUUGAACAGACUUAAAAAGUUGGGUGACAGCAGCAAAAAUUCAGACAGCCAGUCCGUCAGCUCUAACACUGAUGCAGAUACCACUCAGGAAAAAUCUAAUGCAACUAACAGAAAAUCUUCGAUUGGUGUAAAAAAGAACAGCAAAAAUAGAACAUUAACGAGACAGUCUAUAUCAAGAAUUCCAGCAUCAUCAAAUUCUACCUCAUCUAAACUAACUCAUAUAAAUAAUUCCAGGGUACCAAAGAGACUGAAAAAGCCUGCAAAGCCUUUACUUUCAAAGAUAAAGUUGAGAAAUCAGUGCAAAAGGCCAGAGCAAAAGAAUGCUUCUAGAAAGCUCGAAAUGGGAAAUUUAGUUCUCAAAGAGCCUAAAGUAGUUUUGUAUAAAAACUUGCCCAUUAAAAAGGAUAAAGAAUUGGAGGGACCAGUCAAAGUUGCAGUCUCCAGCGGAUGCUUAACAAGGCAUGCAGCAAGAGAACAUAAACUGAAUUCUGUGAAAGGUGCUCAUGAGCAUGGUGAUAUACCACCCUGCACAUAUAUAACAAGGAGGUCAAUGAGAACAAGAAUGAAUUUGAAGGAGACCUCUGACAUAAAGCUUGAACCAAAUAGGUUGGAUAGCUAUAAGAAUAAUUUGACCGGAACGCAAUCGGACAUUUUAGAGCAGCAGUCUCAUGUGAUAAAUGAAACCGACGUGGCUCAUGGACCAUCGCAUAAAGGGGAUAUCAGGUGCCAGAAAAAUGAUGCAGGCAUGUCAAAAAAGAAAUCUCGACAAGGAAAACCUGUGAAACCAUCUGCAAAAAUAGAAGAAACUGAUACUACGCACAAUACACCUGUGAAAGAUGAAGUACCAGAUUUGAUUAGUUCUCAUUCAGAACUCGGAGAGAGGAAUAACAUGGUGGACACACCUGUUGGCUAUAAAGACUGUAUCCCUGCGUCUGGUGGCUGCUCUGUUGUAACAUCUGACAAUUUUAAAGCAAAAGACAGCUUUAGAACUGCAAAAAGUAAAAAGAAAAGACGAAUCACGAGGUAUGAUGCACAACUUAUCCUUGAAAAUAGCUCUGGGAUUCCUAAACUGACUCUUCGUAGACGCCAUGAUAGCAGUAGCAAGGCAAAUGACCAAGAAAGUGAUGGAAUGAAUUCUUCAAAAAUAAGCAUCAAAUUAAGUAAAGACCAUGAAAAAGAUAAUAAUUUAUAUGUAGCAAAGCUAAAUAAUGGGUUUAACUCAGGAUCAGGCAAUAGUUCAACAAAAUUAAAAAUACAGCUAAAACGAGAGGAAGAAAACCGAGGGACGUACCCUGAGGACCUUCAUGAAAAUGGUAUGUGUUGUAGUGAAACUCUCUCCCUUUUGGAGUCAAGAAUGGAAGUAGAUGAUUAUGGUCACUAUGAAGAGGAAACAGCAGAUGAAUCUUCAUCAGAAGAGGACGAUGAAGAGGAAGAUGACUAUGAUGAUGAAUUUGAUGACUUUAUUCCUCUUCCUCCAGCGAAGAGAUUAAGGCUUAUUGUCGGCAAGGAUUCAAUAGAUAUUGAUAUUUCUUCCAGGAGGAGAGAAGAUCAGUCUUUAAGGCUCAAUGCAUAAGCUUAUAGGUCUUAAACUGACCUGGAUGUCAUUUUUAAAAAAAAAUAAAAAAUUAAAAAAAAAACCCAACCCCACAACAACAACAAAAAAAAAAACCAACAAAAAUUCCAUUUGAUUAUUCCUCAACUGAAGAACUUUCUGAAAACUUAGUGGCAGCACUUCUUAAUUGUUUAUUCACCUAUCAACAUAAUAUUGUAGAAAGUGUACAGCAUACUGACUCUUCUUAAGUCUGAUUUGUGCAGAUUUUUAUUGUACUUUUUAAUAGCCUUCUUAUGUGCAAUUCUGAGUUAGAGGUAAUGCUCUGUUGUAAAAUAAAGGCUCAAGCAAAGUUAUGAAAUUGCAUCAAAUCUUUCCAUGCAGGACAAUGAGAAUACAGUGUGGCUACAUAAUUAUUUUUGAUCAGUAAGAGCAUUAGUUUGCUCUUACGAUAUUUGACUAAACAAUUUAAAAAAAAAAAUAAAUCAUAGUAGCAGCAUAUGAAGGUUUUCUAGUAUAUGUUAAUAUCACCAGCAAUGAUCUACAGCUUUUCAAUUUAUUUGCUAGAUGUUUUUUUCCCCCCUUGGAGUUUGUCAGUUUUAACACUGUAUGCUGUCCCAGACGUACUGUUUGUGGCCUUUGUUAUAGUAGCAAACCGUUGGUUGGAAGUCAAAUUGAUUUCUUUAAAAAAAGAGAAAAAAAAAAAAAGAAAAGGUGUUGACAAUUUGCUGACUUUUUAGUACAUUAUAUGUACAAGGGUAGCAGUAUGCAGAAUAAAAGUUUGGAUAUGGUGUAUUUAUUGCUUGUUUAUGUAAAUUAAACACCUUGUAUUUAACACUUUUCAAUACUUUUAGAUAAAAUUGUUCUUUGCAAGAAUGAUUGGUGCUUAUUUUUUCAAGAAUUUGCUGUGAAAUAAUGUGAUUACAAUGGGCAACAUUUAUCCAAUGAACUGCAGCUAUCCUAAAUUGGUUCUUCAUAUUUUUCUGUUGCACUUGUAAAAUGCUACAAGGAAUUUAAAGAAAAUCUAUUCACUUUAACUUAUGAUAGUUUUAUGAAAUUAAAAACAACUAAGUCACAGCUUUUGUUCUGUGGUAACCUAUAAAUUGUUUGUCUUUUAAGAACCAGUUGUAAAAGACUGAAAAAAUAUGUAUAUGUUGUAAAUAUUUGUGUGUUGUGAGAAAUUUUGUCAUAAGAAAUUGAGAUAACUUGCCAGAAGGGUUUUUAAGUUUAGAAAUACAUCCAUGCCAAUAAAAUAGGAAAUUGUAAACCUAGUUUUAAACUCUGCAUCAGUUGGAGUUCUUUGCUCAUACGUAGUUCACUUAAUACUUCAGAGUCUGCUUUAUAACAAUGAAGAGCAUCAGGGCAAUCUUUGGCUCUUUUCUUUUUAGUAAAAGAAUGUUAGGAAACUUCUGGGCACAAUGAACUUGUUUGUAUGUAUAAACCGGCUCAUUUAUAAGCCAAUUUUUUGAAACAGGUAUAAAAUGUCAUAGUUGACAUAACUGUAUAGCACUUUGGUCUGUGCUGUUUGUGUUUCUACUCAACCAUGGAUAAAGGUUUAGAAUGUUUGUAUCUAGGGGUGUAGAAACAGAAGUUGCCUCAUAAAACACGUGCUGUUGGGUUAGUUGAAUCCACUGUUGGCUGCAUAAUAUUUUCAUGUGAAGUCCAACACUCUCUGCCCAGAAGAGCAAGAGUUUGAGUUACGUGACCACUGUAUUAUCACCCAGUUGUGAAAGCGUCAGUGGCAAUGGGUGGGUGAAUUUGCACGUGAGCUGAUCGUAAUGGUUUGGCCCAUCUCUGACCCUCAGAGAAAUGAAGAAUUUUUUCAAAGAAAUCGUUCCAAAUGCAUUUCAGUAGUUUAUUAGACUGCAAAUCAGAUGGUGGAAUCUGCCUUCGUCUCCCUUCCCUUCUGUAUU